CCAUGGAUAGUUUUGCAGUCUCACUCCCACAACCCAAAUGCUCUCUCUCUCUAUCUAUCUUUCAUAUCCUCUGAUUAAAGGUUCAAAAAGCAGGCAAAAUAAGGAGUCAUGAAGGCAACAGUAAGGUACUUGGCAGGAAUCGCUGGCCCUAGCGGUUUUGGCUCUAAUUCCACCGCUGAACAAGUUACUCAACACUGUUCUCCAAUUCUUUCUUCCCAUCUCACCGUUCUCAUUACUGGGGCGACUUCUGGAAUUGGAGCUGAAACGGCGAGAGUGCUGGCGAAGAGAGGAGUGAGAGUAGUGAUUGGUGCGAGGAACAUGAAGAAGGCAAGCGAAGUGAGAGAGAAUAUCCUGAAAGAGAGUCCACAUGCUGAGGUUAUAUUGCUGGAGAUUGAUCUCAGCUCUUUCGCUUCCGUCCAGAGAUUUUGUUCCGAGUUCUUGGCUCUAGAUCUUCCGCUUAACAUUCUUAUAAACAACGCAGGGAUAUACUCUCAGAACUUGGAGUUCUCCGAAGAGAAAAUUGAGAUGACAUUUGCAACAAAUUACCUAGGUCAUUUCUUGUUGACGGAAAUGCUACUGGAGAGAAUGAUAGAAACAGCAGAGAAGACUGGCAUUGAAGGAAGAAUAGUAAACGUGUCUUCAAUGAUUCAUAGUUGGGUUAAAAGAGAUGCCUUUCAAUUCAAGGACAUGAUUAACGGAAGAAACUAUAAUGGCACGCGUGCGUACGCCCAGUCAAAACUGUCCAGCAUUUUGCAUGCCAAGGAAAUAGCCAAACAGCUAAAGGCAAGAAAUGCAAGAGUAACUAUCAAUGUGGUCCAUCCGGGCAUUGUGAAGACUGCAAUUAUGAGAGCUCACAAGAGUCUGAUAACAGAUUCCUUGUUUUUCAUCGCAUCCAAGUUGCUCAAAUCGACUUCUCAGGGAGCAGCAACGACAUGUUAUGUUGCUCUGAGCCCACACACAGAAGGGGUGAGUGGGAAAUACUUCUUAGACUGCAAUGAAAGUAGCUGUUCUAGUUUAGCCAAUGACGAAUCUGAAGCUCUAAAGCUAUGGAACAACACACGUUCCCUCCUUCACAAACGAUUAUUACGUCAAGCUGCAGUUUAGUCUGACCUCCCAUAUUUCACCUAAAUAUAUUUAAUUUGUGCAUGUAUCAUAUAUCACCUCAUAAUAAGGGGUUUUGAACUGGAUCCCAGCAAUGAUAAAUAGAUUGUAUAUUCUACAAACAGUGUCUUGAAUAGAUUGUAUAUUCUAGAUACAGGGCGGAAGAGAGAUUUUGAGGAAAAUAAACUUCAUAUUUUGGCA